CGGGGGAGGGGCCGCGCGGCGGCCCGAGGCGGCGGCGGCGGGGACGCGGGGACGCGGGGACGCGGCUUUGUGCAGGCGGGUCGCGGGGCGCCCAUGGCGGAGUGCGGCCGGGGGGGCGCCGCCGGCGGGGCCCUACCCUCCUCUCCGGGCCCGGCCCCCGGCCCCAAGGGCGUCCUGAAAGCCGGGGACGGCGGCAGCGGUGGCGGGCGCCUCGGCCACGGGCGGGCGCGCUGUGACAGCGGCGGCGUUUCCAACGGAGACUGCAGCCUCGGCGUGUCAGCGGACGACAGCCGGGCCAGCCCGGCCCUGGGACCCCGCGGCGUGGCGCUCGUCCCGACCCCCGGCCCGGCCGCCUGCCCCCUGCCCCGGGAGAGCAAGCCGGGCGGCCUGCCCCGCCGGAGCAGCAUCAUCAAGGAUGGCUCAAAACAGAAAAGGGAGAGGAAGAAAACAGUGUCAUUCAGCAGCAUGCCCACAGAGAAGAAGAUCAGCAGUGCAAGUGACUGUAUCAACUCAAUGGUUGAGGGCUCAGAACUCAAAAAGGUUCGCUCCAACUCUAGAAUAUACCAUAGGUACUUUUUACUAGAUGCCGACAUGCAGAGCCUAAGGUGGGAGCCAUCGAAGAAGGACUCUGAGAAGGCCAAGAUUGACAUUAAAUCCAUCAAGGAAGUGAGAACAGGAAAAAACACAGACAUCUUUCGUAGCAAUGGCAUUUCUGACCAGAUAUCUGAAGACUGUGCAUUUUCAGUCAUAUAUGGAGAAAAUUAUGAGUCACUUGAUUUGGUUGCCAACUCUGCAGAUGUUGCAAACAUCUGGGUCACAGGACUCCGGUACCUAAUUUCUUAUGGAAAACAUACCCUUGAUAUGUUAGAAAGUAGCCAAGAUAAUAUGAGGACUUCUUGGAUUUCACAAAUGUUUAGUGAAAUUGAUGUAGAUAAUCUUGGACAUAUAACUCUGUGUAAUGCUGUACAGUGUAUCAGAAACCUCAACCCUGGAUUAAAAACGAGUAAAAUUGAGCUUAAGUUCAAAGAAUUGCACAAAUCAAAGGACAAAGAUGGUACUGAAGUCACAAAGGAAGAAUUUAUUGAGGUUUUCCAUGAGCUUUGUACUAGACCUGAAAUUUAUUUCCUUUUAGUUCAGUUUUCAAGCAAUAAAGAGUUUCUUGAUACCAAGGACCUUAUGAUGUUUCUUGAGGCAGAACAGGGUGUGGCACAUAUAAAUGAGGAAAUAAGCCUUGAAAUUAUUCACAAAUACGAGCCAUCCAAAGAGGGCCAGGAAAAGGGCUGGCUCUCCAUAGAUGGGUUCACUAAUUACCUUAUGUCACCCGACUGUUAUAUAUUUGACCCAGAACAUAAGAAAGUCUGUCAGGACAUGAAACAACCUUUGUCUCAUUAUUUUAUAAACUCAUCUCAUAAUACAUACUUAAUAGAGGAUCAGUUCCGAGGUCCUUCAGACAUCACAGGAUACAUUCGAGCUCUUAAAAUGGGUUGCCGGAGUGUUGAAUUAGAUGUCUGGGAUGGGCCAGAUAAUGAACCUGUCAUUUACACAGGCCACACCAUGACCUCUCAGAUAGUCUUCCGAAGUGUCAUUGAUAUUAUUAACAAGUAUGCAUUUUUUGCUUCAGAGUAUCCUCUUAUCUUAUGUUUAGAAAAUCACUGUUCUAUCAGACAACAGAAGGUCAUGGUUCAACACAUGAAGAAAAUUUUAGGAGACAAGCUAUAUACAACAUCUCCCAAUGUGGAGGAAUCUUAUCUGCCUUCCCCAGAUGUCCUGAAAGGGAAAAUACUUAUUAAGGCGAAGAAGCUGUCUUCAAAUUGCUCUGGAGUUGAAGGUGAUGUUACUGAUGAAGAUGAAGGUGCAGAAAUGUCUCAGAGGAUGGGCAAAGAGAACGUGGAACAGCCCAACAAUGUGCCUGUGAAGCGAUUUCAACUUUGCAAAGAACUGUCUGAACUAGUUAGCAUCUGCAAGUCAGUUCAGUUCAAAGAAUUUCAGGUAUCAUUUCAAGUUCAGAAGUACUGGGAAGUCUGUUCCUUUAAUGAAGUGCUUGCCAGUAAAUAUGCCAAUGAAAAUCCAGGAGAUUUUGUAAAUUACAACAAACGUUUCCUUGCCAGGGUCUUUCCUAGUCCUAUGAGAAUUGACUCCAGUAACAUGAAUCCACAGGAUUUUUGGAAAUGUGGUUGUCAAAUUGUAGCCAUGAACUUUCAGACUCCAGGGCUGAUGAUGGACCUGAAUAUUGGCUGGUUUCGGCAGAAUGGCAACUGUGGCUAUGUCCUGCGGCCAGCCAUCAUGAGGGAGGAAGUUUCCUUCUUCAGUGCCAAUACAAAAGACUCGGUUCCAGGAGUCUCACCUCAGCUCCUUCACAUCAAAAUCAUUAGUGGCCAGAACUUUCCCAAGCCCAAAGGGUCUGGUGCCAAAGGUGAUGUGGUGGAUCCUUACGUCUACGUGGAAAUCCAUGGAAUCCCUGCUGACUGUGCUGAGCAAAGGACAAAAACUGUGCACCAGAAUGGAGAUGCUCCCAUCUUUGAUGAAAGCUUUGAGUUUCAGAUCAACCUUCCUGAACUGGCCAUGGUGCGCUUUGUAGUGCUGGAUGAUGACUACAUUGGGGACGAAUUCAUUGGUCAGUAUACAAUUCCCUUCGAAUGUUUACAAACAGGAUACCGCCACGUUCCUCUGCAGUCUUUGACUGGAGAGGUUCUAGCACAUGCUUCUCUGUUCGUCCAUGUGGCUAUCACUAACCGAAGAGGAGGAGGGAAGCCUCAUAAAAGAGGCCUUUCUGUGAGAAAAGGGAAGAAAUCCAGGGAAUACGCAUCUCUGAGAACACUAUGGAUUAAAACUGUAGAUGAAGUGUUCAAAAAUGCCCAGCCCCCCAUACGGGAUGCCACAGAUCUCAGAGAGAACAUGCAGAAUGCAGUGGUGUCAUUCAAGGAACUGUGUGGCCUGUCUUCCGUGGCCAAUCUCAUGCAGUGCAUGCUGGCCGUGUCUCCUCGUUUCUUGGGGCCUGAUAACACACCACUGGUGGUCCUCAACCUCAAUGAUCCCUAUCCUACCAUGGAGUUGCAGGGAAUUGUGCCAGAGGUUCUGAAGAAGAUCGUGACCACCUAUGACAUGAUGCUUCAGUCCCUCAAAGCGUUGCUUGAAAAUGCAGACACUGUGUAUGAAAAGAUCGUGCACUGUCAGAAGGCAGCCAUGGAGUUCCAUGAACACCUACACAGCAUAGGCACCAAGGAGGGUCUGAAGGAACGAAAACUACAGAAGGCUGUGGAGAGCUUUACCUGGAAUAUUACCAUCCUAAAGGGACAAGCAGAUCUCUUGAAAUACGCUAAGAAUGAGACUCUGGAGAACCUGAAGCAAAUCCAUUACGCUGCUGUUUCAUGUGGGCUGAAUAAACCAGGAACUGAAAAUGCUGAGGUUCAGAAGCCACGCCGGAGCCUGGAAGUCAUACCUGAAAAAGUGAAUGAUGAUGGACAGGGAGAAUAAGGGGACUUGUACAUCAUUUCUGAGUUUAUAACUCUAGGACCAACUGUAAUCAAAGGAAACAUUUGCUUUGCACUCACUAUGAAAAUAAUAUUUGGGAUUUUUCAAGCACAACUGGAAUAGCUAAUUACAGUCUAUUAAAACUGUGAAUGUGUGUAGCAAUCCUAUGUGUGAAGGCAAAUAAACUCGGGAACAAGAUGCUAUUAUAUCCCUGGCCAAAAUAUGCUAUAUUUGUAUACAACAACGAUCCUGAGUUUCAGUAUGAAGAACAAGUUAUUUUCACUCUAGUUCCCUUGAAAAACAGACAUUUCCUAAGUGAAAACACUUUCUUAAGAGGAAGGGAUUGCAUUGUCAAAUGAGUAUUUAUUGGUAAUUAACCUAAUCGACACAUUUUGUAAGGUAGGUUGCCAGCGUCUCUGGGUUGUAGACUAUUUUGGUGGCAUGCUUGCUGAGCCAUAAUUACUGAGGAGAAUGUAAGUGAACAGAGCCAUCAAGAAUGAGGAGAACGUGCAAUGGACUCAACUAUCUGGCUGAAGACUUGCUGUCAGCACAGCGGACAACGCAAAAGCAGCCGAUCUAGAAGAACACCUUGUAAAUAGUUCUUCAUUGUAUGAAGUAGUGUUGACAUUAAAGAGAUGUUUUAUGAUA